GAUUGCGUAGUUAGUGAUUUAUAGGAAUAAGGUAGGGAAUUUUAAUCACAUCAUUUCAAAAUCGAAAGGAAGUUAUGUUGGUCACAACGAGAUUGUGUCUAGUUAUUAUUAGCAUAUAUUGCUUAAUACAUUGUAUCUUCAACUUUAAUUUAAAGCUCAAUAGGGAUCUUGUUCUAAACAUUCGUACUUUUAAAUCAGCCAUUCUGCAGGUCAAUUAUAUCAACUGCACGCUUCAAUUUGACAUAGAUAUCUAAUGGUCGUUUUGCAAUUCUUCAUUAAUAAUACUCCAAUCUACAGGUAAACAUAUACCCCACAUGUAAAAAGACUCGAACGGGGAAGGGGGGUUCUUUCUUAAUGUUUUAUAGCAGGUGAAACCUUACAGCAGGUACACAUGCAAAACGAAUAUUACAAGUGCGAUUUAAUAGUGAUAUUCUCCGUUAUUUCCGUCGAUGAAUACACGCCAUACCAUUAUUGAUUUUUGUCACGGGUGUUCCUAUUUCGAAAUCUGAACAUAAGACGGGUCGGAUAUGAUGAUGUUAAAUGGAUUGUCGGACCUCUGCGUGCUGAUUGUAAUGCUAUGUCUUGCCGUGGGAUCUGCUGACGUUAAAACAUAUGAAUUUGGAAAGGACUGCCAUGUUACAUUAGAGGAAGUAAAAGAGGACCGUCACAUCUACGUUGAAUACAAUGGCAGACGUGUGUCGAGGUCGUGUACUAAAUUCUCAUUUGAAGCGGAGGAAGAGGAUUACAAAAUAUGUGUGAACCCUCAAUACUUUAGCGACCCUCAAUGUGCCGUGAAGUUAGAGUACACAUCCUCCUCUGGAGGACAGCUACAGAGUGUUACUUGUUCGGAGAAUCACGAUUCGGAAUACUGUGUUUCAAGGAAUAAAUAUAUCUACAUAAAUUUCGAGCAACGUAACGGACGAGACACAACAGCCGCCAGGUUCCAGCUAAAAUUAACAGCAAAGAAGGUUUCUGACAAACAAGUAGAUGGCGCUAUAGUCGGAGCUGUCCUUGGUGGAGUAAUCGGUGGUAUUGUUUUGAUCUCUCUGCUGACUGGACUUGUUUGUUGGUGUGUGUGCAGGAGAAAACCCACACAGGGACAAGUGUUGAACCAGAGUCAUGCCAAUCAAGCAGCUUCCGUGAUAAGCCCACCAGCUUAUCCGUACUCACCGUAUUCAACACCACUGUCAGGGAGUACCGCGUCUCCUUACCCAACCGUCGCUGCAAACUAUUCAUCACAAUAUCCCGGGUAUACAUGUACACAACCCGCACUACACUCCUCCCAGACAGGCAGUUGGCAACACACAGAGAAACAAGCAUCCGCUCCACCACCUAGCUACGCUGAAGCGAUCAACUGAUUGUAUUCGACUUUUGUUUGUUGAACUAUAUUUCAAGUUCAUGUACUUUUUAUUUUUGUUGAUGUUACUGUAAUCUUGUUCAUAUUUACAUCGAUUCUUUACAACCCAUUGGCUAUUGAACAAACUGAUGAUAUCUCUUUUUCUUAUCAUAAUAUUAUCCAGAAGUAGAAUUACUUUUUAUGAUGAAAUUUUAUGAAUAUGAUGUGCUUUUCUUAUAUCAUUUUAAGAUAAUGUUUACAUAAAUGAAAUGCAGAAUAACUUUGAAAUAUCAUUUGAAUGUACUUAAAUUGUAACUCUAUUUUAAUAUGAUGAUUGGUAUAUUGCUUUUAAUGUCAUUUUGUGAAUCUUUGUAACCACAAUAUUUGAAAAUUGCAGAGUGGUCAUUUCGAUAUUCAUUGCGUUGAUUUUUGUAAAAUUUAUACACCGUAUAAGGAAUCUGUACAGCGUUGUCUCUAUGUUGGUCGGUAUUUGUCUGUCUGUUGGUAGUUGUAGGCAAGAUGAAAAUCCAACUGGAAGUUCGACAAUUUUUAAUUUUCAUGCCUGGUUCACACUGUCGUGCGAUCCGUUACGAACACCACGAUUAAGCAUUCGUAGCUGAUCACGGACAUUUUCUGGAAUUUCAGGUUUUGAAACGAGAUGAUGCAAGUUAAUCUGUUCUUAUACGAUUCGAUGGGCUUAUACCGGUAUUAUAACUAUAGUAACAGAUCGUGGGACAUCACAACAAAGCGUGGUGUUUACCUUGUAAAAGAUCGACUAGUACCAUCACGAUUUGGAAGCACGAUUAGAUGCGAUAUGUUGCGCUUUGUUGUAUCACACGUUAGGCCUACGAUGAAGCCCACGAUUUCAAUCAUGGCGCGAAUCGUGAAAGUGUGAACAUAACAUUAUUUAUCUCUUUAUUCAUUUUUCUGCCCCGAGAUCGAAGAUCAGGGGGCAUAUUGUUUUUGUCCUGUCUGUCAUUCUGUCUGAAACUUUAACCUUGCUAAUAACUUUAGACCAGUAAGUGUUAGAGCUUUGAUAUUUCACAUGAGUACUUCGGGUUACAAGACCUAUCCGUGGGUACCAAUAUGUUUGACCUACUUUAUAUAACUUCUAAAAUGGUAAAUAUUAGAGCUUUCAUAUUUCACAUGAGCAUUUCUUGUGAUAAGGUCUUUCUACUGGUACCACAAUAUUUGUCCUUGUGACAUUGGCCAUCUUUGGAAUUGGCCAUUAUUGUUUCACAAACACAUCUUGUUGCUCGUUUGCAUUUUGCUCAGUGAUGAAUUAUUUGACAAAUUCUAUAUUUUUUUUCCAGUUUUCAAAAAAAAUUAAAGUAAACAAUAUACAUGUAUUUUGAAUACAACAUGCAAACCUAUUUUUCAUGUCAUGUAUGGUUUCUGGGUAAGAUCUUUUAAUCAGGAACAGAUGUAGUACUUUUAUAAAACACGAACGUAAUGUUCUGAUAAAAAAAAAAUUGGGCAUGUUGUAUAACAAUACAGAAUAUAUUCUAUGAAACAAAUUGAUACACAUACUUUCUCACAUGUUUACAACUGUAAGUGCAAUUUCAAGAUCUCCAAUGUGUACCAAAAUAAAAAUCAAUUUAAACGAAAGAAA